CGAAAAUGACGCGAACUUGUCCUUUUUGUAAUUCGUCAGAAAUUGAAGAAGAUGCGGGAAGAGGUGAUGCAAUCUGUACAGGUUGUGGAGCUGUUUUAGAAGAAUCAAAUAUUAUAUCUGAUGUUCAAUUCCAAGAACGUGGGGGUGGACAAGAAGUUAUUGGUCAAUUUGUUAGCAGAGAUCGAGCUCAGCCUACCUGUCUUGGAGGAAUUAAUGGGCUCCCUCGAACUGAAUCUCGUGAAACAACAUUUCAAAGAGGACGUAAACGUCUACAGGAGGUCGCUAAUCAACUUCGCAUUAAUCAACAUUGUGUUGAGCUUGCAUUUGGCUUUUUCAAAAUGUGUGUUACCAAAAAAUUAACUAGAGGAAGACUUCGUUCUCAUGUUGUUGUUGCUUGUUUGUACAUGGCCUGUAGAAGUGAAAAUACUUCCCAUUUACUUUUGGAUUUUAGUGAUGCUACUCAGAUAAACAUUUUCGAUCUCGGCCGAACACUUGGAUUUCUAUCUCGAUCUCUUUUUAUAAAACUUCCUCCAACAGAUCCAUGCAUUUAUGUUCUUCGAUUUUCUGCAAUGCUUGAUUUUGGUGAUAAACAAAAAGAGAUUGCUCUCUUGGCUACACGUAUUAUUCAACGAAUGAAACGUGAUUGGAUGUCCACUGGUCGUCGACCAACUGGAAUUUGUGGUGCUGCGUUACUGUUAGCAUCUAGAGCUUUUAAUUUGAACAGGUCUGUAGCUGAUAUUGUCAAUAUCGUUCAUGUGAGUCAUGGCGUAGUCAAACGUCGUCUUGAUGAAUUUGCGAAUACCCCUUCUGGUUUAUUAACUAUAGACGAAUUCAACAACGUUGAUUUGGAAGAAAGUGAAGAUCCUCCUGCAUUCCAAGAGUCAAAAAAGCGAAUGAUUGAAGAAGAAAAGCGAAAACGAGAUGAAGAAAAAGCGGCAGAUUCUGCUGUUAACGAGUUUGAACCUUUACGUCGUGAAUUUGAAGUAGAACUCCAAAAACGUCUCAAAAAUUCCCCUUAUGCAAAAAUGAUUGUUGGAAAUAUUGCUGAUCAAGGAGUACCAGAAUUGUCUAAAGCAAGUUGUAUUUUGCGUGAUGAGAUGAUGGAUACUGUUUUUGAACUGGCAGAAGAACAUUCACCUUCAACAAGUUCCUAUUCUGAAUAUGGCCCAACAUUAGAAUCACUUGGUUUAAAACCUUCUUAUAGUCAACAAGUUGAAAGAAAAAUAAAUGAAACAAUUAAAUCAGAUUCUAAUAAUACAGAAGGGGAUGGAAAUUUGGAUCUUGAAGGAAUUGAUGAUGAUGAAAUCGAUUCUUAUAUUUUAACGGAUACAGAAGCUUCAAUUAAAUCAAAAUACUGGAUGGCUCGUAAUUCUGAACAUUUACAAUUAAUGGCAGAAAAGCGUAAAAUAAAAGAAGAGGCACAGAACAUCAAAAAAGAGAAAACCACUAAUCAACCACAAAGAAAAAAACGUAAACCAAAUACAAAUUCUGCACUCAAAAAAGAAGCAAGUGAUCCGAAUGAGGCAAUGCUCCAAGUGAUAAAGGAGAAAAACUUGUCAAAUAAAAUAAAUUAUGAAAUUCUGAAAAAAAUUGAAGAGGAAUUUUGAUAGAAGAUGGGUAAAAUUGAAGUUCGUUUACCCCUUCAUUUCUCUUUCCUCGAAGUGAUAACAAAAAAGAAAAAAGGAUGAAAGAUUUGUUGCGUUGUUAUAUGAGUGCCUUCGAAGAAAGCACUAUUAUCCGCGCGAAAUUUUUGUUGUGCAAUGCCAAUUGUUGUGCAAUGCCAACUUCAAUUUUACCAUGUA